AUGCAAAAAGAAAUUGAGGAAUCGGAACAAUCCCUUGGAAACGCUCAAGAAGUUUAUGAAAUCGAAGAAACCAAUCUUGAAAUUGAAAAAUCCAAUUGUAAAGAAAUAAGAAAAGAACAUGAAAAGCAAUUAGAAAUUCUUGAAUAUGAUAUAGAUGUUAUAAACUUUCAAAUCGAAAUCAUGAUCAAAAAAAAUAAAGAAAAGGAAAAAGAAAUAGAGAAAUUAGGAAAAAAAAAUGAACACAGAUAUUUAAAGAAGCAAGCUUUCGAAUCCCUUUUGUACCAAUCUGUAGAAGAAACCGAGAGAUUAGAAAUGGUUCUAGGUCAAAUGGUUUUUACAAGAUUAAAUAAAAUGAACAUUGAUAACUAG